AACCGAUAUCUUUGAAAGCAGUGUUGGAACUCCUGUCUUCUUAACCCUCAACUACUUCAACACUACGCCUCGGGUCAAACUCAGUCCACUGCAUCGCUAAUUCCUUUGCUCCUUACUAUGAAGAACUCCUCAGACUACCCCGUCGACAUCUCGCCGGAGCCGAGGCCCGCCGAGAGCGACGCCGGUGGUGGGCCCAGGCCCAUGAUCAAGAUCAACGUUUCUUAUGGGUCCUCGCACCACGAGCUCCACCUCCCGGCCCAAUCAACAUUCGGGGAUGUUAAGAAAUUGCUUGUUGACAAAACUGGUUUAGAACCUGAAGAACAACGACUUUUCUUCAGGGGGAUAGAAAAGGAUGAUAAAGAGCAUUUGCACCUUGAAGGUGUGAAGGACAAGUCAAAGAUUUUACUUUUGGAAGGCACUGCUAGCAAAGAGAGGAAACUUGAGGAAACCAGAAAACAAAAUGAGAUGUUUAAAGCUUCUGAGGCUAUUGCUGGGGUCAGAGCUGAGGUGGACAAGCUCUCAAAUAGGGUGACUGCCUUGGAAGUGGCUAUCAAUGGUGGGAACAAAGCUUCCGAGAAAGAGUUUCUUGUGUUGACAGAGUUGCUUAUGAGUCAAUUGCUGAAACUGGAUGGUAUUGAGGCUGAAGGUGAAGCAAAGUUGCAGAGAAAAGCUGAGGUGCGUCGUGUGCAGAACCUUGUGGAUACAUUAGAUUCUCUAAAGGCAAGAAACUCCAACCCUUUUAGCAACAGUAGCAAUUCUGUCACAGUAACAACCCAAUGGGAAACCUUUGACUCUGGAAUGGAAAGCUCGGAUGCCCCAUCAUCAACGUCGUCUUCAACUAAAAUAACUCAUGAUUGGGAGCGGUUUGAUUAGCUCAGAAAUUGUUUUUGAUCAUUAAGUUAUAAAAGCUUGUACAACACCAUCUUAUUGGGCAUUCAAUCUUUAUCCUUUGUUCAAGUUCAUUUUUAUCAAGCUUGCCUUAGAGUUCUUGGCGCAACGACGUGAUCGUUGCCUUGUGCACUUAGAUUAGGUAGAUAGAAAUUUUAAUUGCAGAAAUAUUCUUCCCGCUCAGAGGUAAGGUUGCAUAUGUUUAAUCUUCCUCGUGCGCUUAGUUUAGGCAAAAUAUGUAAACUAUAUUGCAUCCUAAUACUUGAAUAAUAUUUUUGCAUCUUUGGAUCGUUAUUUUUCUAUCAUCUGGUUGUAAAGUAGUACACGAUUUAUGCUUUUAUUGGAGAUGUUCAUUUGAAC